UUUGAAGGUUGGUUAUUCGCUCCGCGUAGAAGAGUGCAGAGUGUGAAUCCGAUGUAAACGGUACACAAGUUACGUCGUUUUCUCGAGUCUGCUCGAGGCUCUUCACAGUUUUGUGCGAAAUUUUCUCGGAAGUUCAACGUUGUUCGGUUUCGCGAAGAACGAGACACGAUGUCGUGGUCGAUUUUCGAAAUUGUCGGAUACUUCGCCGCGAUUUUGGUGCUGCUUUAUUACUACGCGGCCUCGAAGCUCGAAUUCUGGGAGAAACGAGGCGUGAAAGGACCAAAGCCUAUCCUGUUUUUCGGCAAUUUCAAAGACGUGCUUCUGGGAAGAUGUUCGACCACUCAGGUCUUCGAGAAGGCGUACUAUGAAUUUAAAAGUGAACAGAUGAUCGGAGUGUUCGGGGGACACGAGCCGUUUUUAAUUCUGAAAGAUCCGGAUUUGAUAAAGGACGUCCUUAUCAAAGAUUUCUCGAAAUUUGUUAACAGAAAUUUGCAGCCUGUUCGAGAGGUCGAUCCAUUAUCGGAGCAUCUCUUCAGGUUAGACGCGGAGAAAUGGAAGCCCUUAAGAUCCAGACUUUCCCCUGUCUUCACCUCGGGGAAGUUGAAGGAAAUGUUUCACUUGUUGCUAGAGUGCUCGGACCACUUUGAGAAGUAUGUGGACCGGUUGGUUGCGAAGGGUGAGCCGAUCGAGUGCCGUGAAAUUUCAGCGAAAUUCACCACAGACGUGAUUGGAUCUUGCGCGUUCGGUAUCGAAAUAAACGCGCUAUCAGACGAGGACAGCGAGUUCCGCGCGAUGGGCAGAAGGGUGUUCCAACCGAACUGGAAAUCGAUCAUCAGGGACAGACUGAUAGAGUAUCCGAUAUUGUUCAGAAUUUUUGGCCGUUUCGUAAUUGACCAUGAGCUCAUCCAUUUCUUCCAGAGGAUCACCAAAGAGCAAAUCGAUUAUAGGAUUGAGAACAACUUUUGUAGAUACGAUUUCAUCGAUACCUUGGUUGAUCUGAAGAAACACCCGGAGAAACUUGGACUUAAAGAAGUGGACGACGUGUACUUAACAGCACAGGCAUUCGUUUUCUUCGCUGCUGGCUUCGAAACGUCUUCAAUAACGAUCACCAAUACUUUGUACGAGCUCGCGUUAAAUCAAUCAAUUCAGGACAAAGUUCGAGCCGAAAUUAAGGACGUUCUUGAAGAGACUGAUGGAAAGAUCACGUACGACUGCAUAAGGAAAAUGAAGUAUUUGGACGCUUGUUUCCAAGAAACUUUGAGGAAAUACCCAGUGGUAUUAUGGCUGGCCAGGAAAUCAACGGCAAGUUAUACGUUUUCCGGGACGAAAGUUAGCAUUCCAAAGGGGCAACAGGUCUUUCUACCUGUUUAUACAAUUCAAAACGAUCCGGACAUUUUCCCAAACCCGACAGUUUACGAUCCUGAGAGGUUCAACGAGGAAAAUAUCAAAACCAGACAUCCGAUGUACUUUUUACCAUUUGGAGAUGGUCCAAGAAAUUGCAUUGGUGCGAGAUUCGCUAAGAACCAAUCGAAGGUGGCACUAAUUAAGAUUUUAUCGAAAUUUAAGGUCGAAGAGUGCGAGAAAACUUGCAAAAAAUACGAAAUAAACCACAAGACGCUGUUCAUUCUACAGCCAACACAUGGUAUAUAUGUGAAAAUGACAAAAUUAGAGGAGUAA